CUUCACAACUUUCCCAUUCCACCAUAAACUCAUUUCUUUUAUUCAUUCCUUGGUUCAAUCAUUAUGGCUGAGGAGAAGCACCACCACCUUUUCCACCAUGAAGAUAAAUCUGGCUAUGUUGAAGAGGUUGACUAUAAAAAAGAGGAGAAGCACCACAAACAUCUUGAGCACCUUGGUGAGCUUGGAACUGCAGCUGCUGGUGCCUAUGCCUUGCAUGAGAAGCAUGAGUCAAAGAAAGACCCUGAACAUGCUCACAGGCACAAGAUAGAGGAGGAGAUCGCGGCGGCCGCUGCCGUGGGAUCGGGUGGUUUUACCUACCAUGAACACCAUGAGAAAAAAGAAACUAAGAAAGAAGAUGAAGAAGCUCAUGGAAAGAAGCACCACCAUCUCUUUUAACGAACAUGAUGAUUAUGAUCAAGCUCAGAAAGAUCACAUAGGGUUUAUUAUGUGAUGUUUGCAGUGUGUUUGAAUAAAGUUUGAGCUUUGGUUUGGAGAGUGUUUGAGAUUCUAUAGUUUCUUAUUUAUUUGCAUGUAUAAAAUGUGUAUUGUGCUUGACUAUGUAAUAUUCAUGUUAUAAUUAUGUCUAAAUACUUAGAGAUGUAAGUAAAGAAAAGUUUGAACUGGUAA